GCACGGAUUAAGGCUCACAACAUGGCUCGAGUUGAGCCUUCCUUAGGGGAAUACGUUGAAGCCUAUCGUGGAAACGAGGGUCAGGCUGAGUUCAUCUCGGGCUCAGGAGCUGCAAAUGUGGAUCAGCCGAGAUCAGUUCGUCGCCGUGCGCGAACCAGUGAUACGGGGUUGGAGUGCAUGCGUGUCGCGAUGUGGCGGUUGUGUGGAGGGAUUGUUAUUGGGAGUCACAAAAUGAGUAUGACAGCGUAUCAGAAUGAUCAUGGAGGAUAUUUUAUGUCGGUGGCUAGCGCAAGUUCCGAGAGUAGCUCGAAUUCGAGCAUCCGUACUCACCCGUCAUCACAUAUGUUGAAUGCUUUACCAUCAUCCGCUUCAUCAGCACCAACAACAACAGCUCAUUCGAAUGCCGUAACAGUUGCAGUUAUUCCAUCUUUUAAUUCAGCUUCGCUAUUACCUCGUUCCUAUUCAACACCACAAAUGCGCCAAACGACCGUGAAUAAUGCCAGUCACUCAUACGGGAUCAGUAUCACUCCACACCAACAACAGCAAUCAGUAGAAUUGUUAUCUCGAAGUAAUGCUCUCUCGUUGAAUGUACCGCUUCGAGAAGAUGAACCAGAGCAGCUGGGCUUAUUAUCUCAGCCAAAUAAUAUUUCCGCCGUUGAUAAGCAGCAGCUCACUCAAGAUGCGCCUCCGUCGACGAGUGCAGCAGUUACCUCAACGAACGCUGAAACCAAAUCUGCUGUUGAUGAUUCCGAUGCGAAUGUUGAUGGCGAAAUUGAUAUUCAAAUACGUAACGUGGUGUGUACAUACACAUUGCCAUUGCAUAUCGAUUUACAUCGAGUAGCAUUAAACUGCGGUAACGUCACAUUGGAUCGAGGACGUGGGGUUUUACUGAAGCAGAGCCGUAAUCCGUGUUGCUAUGUGAAAAUUUACAGCUCUGGCAAAGUCUAUAUUGUUGGAUGUCGAAGUGAAAGCGAAUGUAAACGUGCAUCACGUGGUAUAGCUCGUUUGGUGCAGAAAUGUAUGGGGAAGGUGGCAGAACUAGUUCGGAUUCGCAAUUAUCGUGUUUGUAAUGUGCUUGCCACUUGUAAAAUGCCAUUUGGUGUUAGAAUCGAAGAGAUGGCUGAGAAGUUCCCAGAAACACAAUAUGAACCUGAAUUGUCGGUGGGUCUAGUAUGGAAGCUAACUGAUCCCAAGGCUACUCUUCGUGUUCACACUACUGGGAGUGUUACUGUCACAGGAGCUCAAUCGGAAGCAGAUGUGAUGAGAGCAAUAGAAUUCAUCUAUCCGACAUUAGUUCAGUAUCGUUGCGCACUUCGUUUACGCCCUGAUGCCAAUCAAAAUAAACGGCAAAGUAGACGUCCAGUUAAACGUAAAAUGCUGGUAGAAGAACAACGCAAAAAUAACAAUAUCUUAUCAGAUAGCAAUCUGUCAUCAAAACGUCAGCGUCAAUCUUGCAACAUCAGUCAUAAUGGCGGAACGUUCACAGCCGUAGCAGGUUCAUCGGGUGUUAUUGGUAACCGCGUCUAUUUUAGUGAUGAAGAUGAAGAUGAUUUACUUCAAUUUUAA